AUGGCGUCGUUGUUUCCUCUUCACCACGAAUUCCCCUGUAAAGAUAAUGUUUUUCAGAAUGGAACUUCGACUCGACAUAGCAAAGGAGAACUAUUGUUUGAUUCGAAUGGUUCAAGACGUUUUUCGUCUGGCAGAACCUUCCCUUGUCCGGCUUUCGAUGUGUUAAUGAAGGCAGAGGUUACUAGCAGCAGCACUAAUGGUCUGAAACAUAGAACAAUGAGACCGUAUUGUCUUGCUUCAAGAGGAAAGCUAUGCUUGGUCAGAGCGUCAUCAGAGACCAAGACUAUCAAGAAGAGGCUUAAACUGUUAGAUUCGUACUUUGGGAAACUUCAAAGCGACGAUAAGAAGAAGCCUUCUGUCUCAACGGGAGAUGAAAUCGAUCGCAAAGCUGAACUCAAUGCGGAGGAAAAGUUGGAAUCUUUGAGCGCAUAUCUUGACAAACUCCAAAAAGAUGCGAUGGUAAAACCAGAAGACGGUUCAGUAGCAAGCAAACUGAUAAAGGCUGAUAUCAAAAGUAAUAAUAGUGCUUUCCAGAAGCUCGAUGAUGAUGAUGUUCAAUCAGAUGAUACAUUGAACUUCUAUGCUGUGAGCAUAUUAGCAUCCAUAAAUGUCGGUGUGUGCUUGUUUGAAGCGGCGGCUCCAGUUAGGAACAACGAUAUGGGACUUUUAUCGCUUCCGCUGUUAUAUGGAGCAAAGAUAAACGAUCUAAUCAUGGCUGGAGAAUGGUGGAGGCUAGUCACACCCAUGUUUCUGCACUCAGGAAUCACUCAUGUAGCUCUUAGCUCAUGGGCUCUGCUUACAUUUGGACCAAAAGUCUGCCGUGACUAUGGAUUAAUCACGUUUUGUCUCAUUUACAUUCUCGGAGGAGUCUCUGGUAAUUUCAUGAGCUUUCUUCAUACACCAGAUCCUACAGUUGGAGGAACUGGACCGGCAUUUGCAUUAAUAGGAGCUUGGCUCGUCGACCAAAGUCAGAACAAAGAGAUGAUCAAAAGAGAUGAAUAUGAUGAUUUGUUUCAAAAGGCCAUUAUAAUGUCAGGACUUGGUCUCAUCUUAAGCCAUUUCGGUCCAAUAGAUGACUGGACAAAUCUAGGAGCACUUGUAGCAGGGAUCGUGUACGGAUUCUUCACUUGUCCUGUGUUUCAACUUGGAAGAGAAAGUGAAAGACAAGAAGGGAUUGUUACUGUUGGACCAGAGAAGCAGAACAGUGCUGAUCCGUGUAAAUCGUUUCUUGUGUUCAUUGUAUUUCUCGCGGUUCUUGUGACUUCUGUGAUACUUCUUGGUGAUGGACCGUUGGACUUCCCUACGUACGAUGAUGUUGUCUACUCUCUCAUCUAG